CCGGGUCCGGGAAUCACUCAAGCUCUCCAAAUGUGGGUCGCGCUAUUCCUACGCCACCACAGCACGCCCAGGGUGUUUGUAUGGGGUGUAAAAUGUCUCACUAACACCCAUUUGAUUGCAUAGUGGAACUAUCACGUAGGCGUUGGUGCGGUCUCUCGCGCCGUUAAGGAAGUAGCAGACGGGAACCUUCAUUCUCCUUCAAGUCGUCACCCUCAAUUGUCCGGCGCUGCAACAAUGAGAUUUAUCGUCCUUUUCCUGUUGUUUCAAGGUUCAGCUGAGAGAGCACACCUUGCUGAAGAACAGCAGUCUUCAACAGAUGAUGACCCAGCCAAUCAGAUGCUAACGAGGAUUAUCUGCUCCUUAUAAAAAGCUCCAUAACAAUUCCUCCAGUGGGGGCUGCAGGUUAAAGUUCUUGGCGAAAUGAUCACAACCACAGUUGUAGGGUAUGUGGGUGAAACCAUUGUCUUGCCAGCCAAACCCAUCAAAUCAUGGACUCUGCUCAGAAUUGACUGGUCAAUAUUACACAACGUCACCUGGAUUGCAACAUGGGACAAAGGCGUUAUAAAAACUGACCAUCGCCCAGAAUACAAAGGGAGGCUCUCACUUAACAUAACUACAGCGGAUUUAACGAUGCGAGAUCUUAGGUUACGUGAUGCCAUGCAUUACGAUGUGGACAUCCUCAACACUUCACUUCACAACCAAGUAAACCGGGUCUAUCUUGAAGUGAAAGAACGCCUGAAGAAACCGACCAUACAGCUUUACCAAAAUUUCAUAAAAAGCGAAAAUGGCUGUGUAUUGGUGCUCAACUGUUCUUCUUCUGAUACUGGCGUUAACUUCUCCUGGGAGGUCGAGCCUCCGUGUCAUCACUGCAGCAGCAACUCUUCGACUGACACGUCAGAGCUCAUCGCCUUUUUCUUGACAACCCCAGACACUGUAAAUCUCACCUGCAUUGUCAAGCGCGAAUUGGAUAGCGCAUCAAGCAUUUUGAUCUCAAAGAUGAAAGUUCCAACAUUCGAAUCCAGACACAAUUGUGGUUACAUGUUCGCUUGGGGAUUCUUCACUACAAUGCUGGCUGUGACCGCGGUGAUUUUACUUUACCAUUUUAGAGGUAACAUAACCAAAAUGGUCCAGCAGUAUGGAGGGCUACCUAUCUUGCGUCCGACGGGAACCAGAGUUCAGGCGGAGACUGCGACUUCCUAAAAAUAAAAGUCCAAAAUUUGA